CAAGGUGUCCCUGUUGCAUUCCACAGCAGCUGAUAAUAAUUGUUUACCUUGUCUUCUGAAGCCUCUGGCCUCCAGAAGACGCAGAAAUCCGAAAGAAAGGAUUUCUGUGGAGAAAUGUCUGCGACAUAGUCCCUUUCCAAAACCCACUCUCUUUGCUUUUUGAGGAACUGUUUCCUUCGUUUUUGUUUCAAGGAUAAAUAUUGAAACUUUUGAGAGAGACUGAACUGGUUUUCUUCCAGGGUAGCUCCAGCUAGAAGCCCCGGGUGACGGCUGUUGCUGAAGUGACUGCCAGUGCCUGCUGCCUGCCUGUCAGCUGGAGCUCUGCUGUGCCUCCUCUGCCGCUGCCGGUCUAGGCACUGCCCAGCCCACCUCUGUCAGAACAUGCACAAGGAAUUUAGGACAGAUGAUUUUUGCUUCUUUGCCCUAUGUCGCAUUUUUAAGCUGUUGCAACUGAAAUGUUUCUUCCACUUUCAUUUUGAGGUCAUCCUUUGAAUAUUAAUCUACAGUUACCUCAGUAUUUCAGAGUUUGUUCAUAGUUUGGGUAAAUGAUGGCUCAGUUCCAGCAAGGAGGUCCAGAUGAAAAAGAGAAGACCACUGCAUUAAAGGAUUUAUUGUCUAGAAUAGACUUGGAUGAACUAAUGAAAAAAGAUGAGCCACCACUUGAAUUUCCUGAUACUUUGGAAGGAUUUGAGUACAUAUUUAAUGAAAAAGGGCAGUUAAGACACAUUAAAACUGGGGAGCCAUUUGUUUUUAAUUAUCGUGAAGAUUUGCAUAGAUGGAACCAAAAGCGCUAUGAAGCCCUUGGAGAGAUCAUUACUAAAUACGUUUAUGACCUACUGCAGAACGAAUGCCACUUGAAGAAAGUAACUCUUCCAGUUGAUGCAAUUGAGACUGAACCAAAGAGCUUUAUCUUUAUGAGUGAAGAUGCAUUAGUAAAUCCUGACAAGCUGUUGGUCCUAAUUCAUGGUAAUGGCGUUGUCAGAGCUGGUCAAUGGGCUAGGAGACUUAUAAUUAAUGAAGAUCUGGACAGUGGGACACAGAUACCAUAUAUAAAGAGAGCUAUUGAGGAAGGCUAUGGGGUAAUAGUUCUGAAUCCCAAUGAGAACUAUAUUGAAGUUGAGAAGACAAAAGCCCAAGUACCGCUGUCUUCUGAUAUCUCAGAUGAACCUGCAGAAAAGAGAGAAAGAAAAGAUAAAAUCCAGAAGGAAACAAAGAAGCGACGUGACUUCUAUGAAAAGUAUCGAAAUCCACAAAAAGAAAAAGAAACUAUGCAGAUCUAUAUUAGAGAUAAUGGCUCUCCUGAAGAACAUGCAAUUUAUGUUUGGGACCAUUUUAUUUCCCAGUCAGCUGCAGAGAAUGUAUUUUUUGUUGCUCACAGUUAUGGUGGACUUGCAUUUGUAGAGUUGAUGAUUCAACGAGAGGCAGAAGUAAAGAAUAGGGUAACUGCUGUGGCGUUGACAGACUCAGUUCACAAUGUGUGGCAUCAAGAAGUUGGGAAAAGUAUUAGAGAGUGGAUGCGAGAGAACUGCUGUAACUGGGUGUCCAGCUCCGAGCCCCUGGACACAUCGGUGGAGUCCAUGCUGCCAGACUGUCCCCGUGUCUCUGCAGGUACAGAACGCCAUGAACUAACUUCUUGGAAGAGUUUUCCAUCUAUUUUCAAAUUCUUCAGUGAGGCUGUAAAGGCGAAGAACAGCUUGGUGAAACCAACCCCAACAAGGCGCUCCAACAGGAUAAAAUAUGAAGAAUUCUAAAAGGAGGGGAGGAAAAAAACCCACCACCACCAAUGUCUUUGCUGCUUGUUUUCUGCAAGGAGUCUCCCAGCCCCUCAUUAGAUUGUUUUCUUCCUAGAGCACAGGGUCGUGAUAUAUACAUCUAAAUAGCGUUUUGCAUUAUUUCUAGAUGAGUGCAACUGUCAAAGCAAUAUGGGUUCACUGGUUGUGCUUCCUGUGGGCUGUAACUUGGAUUUUGUGCUGCCCAUCAGUGUGCAGAUUAAGGCUGACAGCGGUACUGCACAGUGCAGCAUGGUGCAGCUCUAAUUGCCCUGACAUAGCCCUGCACCAAGCUGAUGCCAGAAUUUAACAGCUUCUUUGCAGUCCUGUUGCCUGCAGGAUAUUUUGCAGCUUCCUUCUAUUUUGAGACAGAACAAAAUACAAAUUACUCUUUUCUAAAAGAUGGACCUUACUCAAACCUGUUAACCAGCCUAUGAUUUUACACCUAGUAGCCUUCUCUUUCUCUGGGACCAAGUGGAAUUGACUUCUAACUCUCUCAUUUUUCUACCGGCAAGAGUGUCCAAGAAGUUUGGCUCAGAAUUCUAGAAGGGCUCUGUUGUUGAAGAGUUUUUCUCUUGCUAGAUCAACAGCAUUAUCUGUAGAUCUUCUCUUCCUUUGAAAGCUCUACUUUAAAAAAUGCAUAUUCAUUAACAGGCUGGAUCACACUGUGAAAUAUGACAGGAAAAAUAAAAAAAGACACACUGCA